UUUUCUUAUCCUCACCACUUUACCAGCAGGCAGAGAGCCUUCCUUUCCGGAUUCUCUAUUUCCUUUCCUCAUUCCCAAUCUCCGAUCCAUCCCUAAAAACAACUGACGAGAGAUCGAUGAUGAUGAAAAUGCCUUGGAGGAGGAAGAGCAGGAGCUUCCAUCUUCAGCUACAAGGGGCAAUUGGUACCCUUCAAUCUCCAUUCCUAUUCUUAUUUACCAAUUAUUGCCAUUCUUCUACUUCCACACUUGAAGAUGCACGCUUCUUGACAAAUAACUUCAAAUCUGCUUCUUUUACCCGCCUUCAUGUUGCCAUUGCUUCCUCUAAUCACGUAAUUCAUAUGAAUCCUCUGCCUUCUAGGGUUCAUUUUAAUAGAUUCUUAUCUGCCCUUGUGAAAAUGAAACAAUAUCACACUGUCCUUUCCAUGUCCAAAACAAUUGAAUUGCUAGGAAUCUCUCACGAUGUUUAUUCUCUUAGCAUCUUAAUUAAUUGCUUCUGCCACUUACACCUUGUGGAUUUUGGCUUCUCUGUUUUUGGUAAGAUGCUCAAAUUCGGAUUGGAGCCUACCACUGUGACAUUUACUACCUUAAUUAAUGGGCUUUGUAUAGAGAGUAAAAUCGACAAAGCAGUGGAAUUUUUCGAUGAUAUGGUUGCACGUGGUUAUCAACCUAAUGUUUAUACUUACAAUGUGAUAGUAAACGGAUUGUGUAAAUUUGGGAAAACAAAUGUGGCUAUUGGGCUGCUAAAGGGAAUGGCUGAUAGAGGUUGUGAGCCAGAUGUUGUGACAUACAGUGCAAUCGUUGACGCCCUUUGCAAAGAUGACCUAGUUGGUGAGGCUUUAGAGCUCUUCUCUCAAAUGAGGAAUAAGGGCAUUUCACCUAAUGUCAUCACUUACACUGGUUUAAUUCAUGGUGUUUGCAAAUUAGGCCAAAAGAACCAAGCUUUGGCCUUGAUGAAUGAAAUGGUGGAGCAAAACGUAUUACCAAAUGUUUAUACCUUCAAUGUAUUGAUUGAUGCACUUUGUAAGGAUGGAAUGGUUUCAGAGGCUCAGAAUACAUUCAAUGUAAUGAUUCAAAGAGGUGUAGAGCCUGACGUGAUCACAUACACAUCCUUAAUUGAUGGUCUUUGCAUUUCAGACCAAUUGAAGGAAGCUUUGGCCUUGUUGAAAGAAAUGGUGGGGAGGAACAUAUCCCCUGAUGUUUUUACCUUCAAUAUAUUGAUCGACACUCUUUGUAAGAAAGGAGUGGUUUCAAUUGCACAAAAUAUAAUCAAAAUAAUGAUUCAAAGAGGUGUGGAACCUGAUGUUGUCACUUAUAAUUCAUUGAUGGAUGGAUAUUGUCUGUGCAAACAAACUGAUAAGGCUAGAAAGCUAUUUGAUCUAAUGGUGACCAAUGAAAUAGCUGACAUUUUUAGCUACAACAUUUUGAUCAAUGGAUAUUGUAAGUGCAAAAUGAUAGAUGAUGCAAAGGAGCUUUUUGAUGAAAUGUUUCAUAAAGGUUUAGUUCCUAAUGCUGUUACUUAUUCUACUCUUAUAAAGGGUAUGUUUCAAGCAGGGAGGCCCCAAAAUGCAAAGGAGCUCUUUAAGGAUAUGUGCUUUCAUGGUCAACAGCCAAACAUAGUAACCUUCUCAAUUAUGAUUGAUGGCUUGUGUAGACAAGGGGAUCUCGAUGAGGCACUCACACUAUUGAAAGCAAUGGAGAAAAGUCAGUUGAAGCCUAAUCUUGUGAUCUAUAGCAGUCUGAUCAAUGGUAUGUGCAAAGUUGGGAAGAUUAAUGAUGCCAAGGAACUUUUUUCUAGUCUUUUUGAAAUUGGUUUACAACCUGAUGUUUAUGUAUAUAGUGCAAUUAUGAAAGGACUCUGCCAACAAGGAUUAAUGGAUGAAGCGUAUAAGGUAUUUAAAGACAUGGAAAAGGUAGGAUGUUUACCAAAUAAUUGUUGUUAUAAUAUCAUCAUUCAAGGGUUUCUCAAGCAUGAGUAUUUACCAAAAGCAUCAGAACUAAUCAACGAAAUGGUUGAUAAGGGGUUCUCUGCUGAUGAUACUACCACAGAAUUGGUAGUACAUUUAUCACAGAAUAAUGAUCUCAUUCUAAGCAAACUACGAAAUCGUUCUGAGGCUUCUAAAGCUGUGCAAUGAGGGAUCAUCAAACUAAAGUUGUUAUAUCUUGACCAUUCAAUGGUGUCUUGGAGAGAAACUUGGUAAUUACCUUGUUCAAAUGUAGUAAAUAUUGGAAACCAUGAUAUGUGUGUGCCUUUCGCUUGAACUCAGACAUGGACUAGAUCUCUUUGGAUAUAAGAUUGUUGAUGAUCGGAGGUGAUAGAUUUCUAAUGAUCAAGUUGCUGGUAAACCCACCAUCUUCCUUACAAUUUUUUUUGGGCUGCUACUACAGCCUUAACACGAGAGCUCAGACCUAAGAAUGAGUUGAGAUCUAAAACUAAUUGAUUCCAUGCUACAAUACAUAAGAAUCUUUAUCUAUUUUACUUUUGUGCUCAAUGACCUUUUGAGAUGCUAUCAUUUUUCUUGUAGCUACUUGCUAGGAUAUGGUUACAACUUCACCUUUGUAAACAUAAAGGUAUAAGCAAUUCGUUUUUGCUUGAUUAUUAUAUUUUUAAUAAUAAUGAAAAUAGUGAUUAUAAACGAGUGGGGCUUUAAUGGAGAAUUGAUUUGCCAACUAGACUACCCUAUAAAUGCAGGUUGCAGGAUAUACAGCCCCAUAAUACAAGUGUAGCGGUUGAGAAAUCUACCAUUUUUCUUUAUCGGUUUCUUGGUUGACAGAAAUCUAGCAAUUUUAGUUGUUGAGAUUGUUGAAUCAUGUGAUAGUAAAUUAGUUACAAUGGCUGUAUAUUAAGGAAAAAUACUUAGGAAAUCAUCUCUGUAUGAUAUAUCUUUAUGAUAUAAUAAUAAUACAAUCAAGUAUGGUCAUUUUGUCAAUAUGGUAUAUAACAAAUAUAUUUUAGACCACCUAUUGAGUUAUUUAUAUGGUGCAUUUUCUGAUAUGUUUGUAUGGUGUUAUGAAGGCGAAACACAUUGUUUCUUACUGUUUGAGAAAAGUUAGGCUAGAAAAGUUGCUUUGGUUGUUUCUUUUCUCCUUUCAGCUGUACAUUAAGCGAGAUUUUGUGUUUAGCACAUUGUAAACCUUGUAAUAUACUCAAUAAAAUUUUCUUUGAGCUUUUGUUUAUACA